AUGGAGGAGUCAGCUGUGCAGAAAUUGUUGGAAAAGGCAGCCCGCAGGGCAGAGCGGGCAGCUGUCAUGGAUACAUGUCCUCCACAAGAUGAUGAACCGAAUGUGGGAAGGACACAGCAAGUUUCUCAAGAUGGGAAAAGUCGAAAGGUUCGAAGGAUGAUGCCACUGGAAGCAGAUUCUGAUGCAUCUACUGUGCCAGCUUCAGAGACUGAAAUCCAACAGAAACUUGCACUGUCAAAGAAGCAAGUGGAGCCAGAGACAGACAACUCCAACAAGACUGACAGCCAGAGGCCAAAGCUCCCCCAGAGGAUCCAAAGCAAAGAACUUUUGAAAGACGAGGCAACAUCACCGAACCAAAGUCAAGGCAAUCCAGGUGUCAGAACUCAGGCAACAGCAGUGAAAGCAAAAGCCCAACCAAAGGUGGUUUUCAAAGAAGAGACUGAGACUACUGCCCACGCAGUGGCGCAAUGCCUUGCCAGGAAAUCCACAGCCGAGCUCAACGGUGGCAGUUCUGGUGGUCCAUCUCCAGCAGGAUCAGCAGAUCAAGAACAGGACGCAAGUGACUCAGAAUCAGAGGUUAACAGCGAUGUGGAGUCCGAAGAGUAUGAGCGAAAGGAAGCGCUUGUGAAGGCCAAAAAAGCUGCACACGCGCGCUAUAUGCGCUUUAGCAGGAGCUUGACAAGCAAACGAACACCUAUCGAGGUACGCCGGGCAGGGGCCGCGGCAAAGAAUGAUUCCCCAAAGUUACAAAUGCUACAGGAGCAGUGGGCCAGUUGCAAGGGCAUAUGGAGCCAAAGUGACUUUGUCAUCCGUUUGCGACAGAAGACCCGCCAACGCCAGUAUGGCGCCAGACGCUGGAUGACGCGUCAGGAGUUGAUCUGCAAGUACUCAAGCUGUGCUAUCGCAGACAAAAUCAUAGCAGCCAAGCAGGGAGACAAAGAAGCAAAAAAAACCCAGAUAAGGAGCCACCCUGACCUUCACGGGGAUGACUCGGACGACACCAGGCAAUAUCUUGUUUGGGACAAAGAAGGCUCUGAAAACACCACAGACCAUGUCUGCUCUGAAUUGUUCACAGCCGCUGAGAAGGGGGAUGACCCCCUUGAGACUCGCAGGGGUCGUUCUAGGAAGAGGAAGGACAAGAAAGGUCGCAAGAGCAACAAGAAGAAAAGAAAGGGUUCUACUUCUUCGACCAGGUCCAGUUCAAGCUCAUCAUCUUCACAGGAAAAGGUGGAUUCAAGUUCUUCAAGCUCGGAGGCAGCAAAGAAAAAGAAGAAGGGCAAGAGCAAGACUGGUAAGACCAAAUCAAAAAACGGUAAGGCUUCCAAGACGGCUGCCAAGGCCAAAGGAAAGAAAGACAAGAAGGACAAAGACAAGGACAAGGACAAGGACAAGAAAAAGCCAAAGGAGGUGAUCUCAUCUGACAGUUCAGAUGAAAGUGAAGAGCCAGAAGAGACAGAGGAAAAAAAGCAGAAGCGAUUGGCGAAGGAAGCUGAGGCACAAAAAAAGAAGGAGGCAAAGGAUGCAGAACAAGCGAAGAAAAAGGCUGAACGUGAGAAGAACCAAGAAUUGAAGAAAGAACAAAAGAAAGGCACACAGGCCUUGUCGAAGCUUGGUGCCAACAUCUUGAAGGCAGCUGGCUUGGAUGAGAAGUUGGAGAGCAUGAGCAAGUCUGUGAAAGAUGCUAUUUUGAUGGAGGUCAAACCCCAUCUCGACAAAUUGCGCUCUACAAGAAGGUCUUUGCAGAAUGCCGUGGACUCUGCCCAGGUAUCCUCUGUGAAGCGGGUGAUGCGACGCGUUCGAGACCACGUCCAAGAAAGCGGACCUGCAUCAGUUCAUCAACACACAUUUGCACUUGCUUCUAAAUCUGGCAAGAACGAUGUUCCAGCAGAUAUCCCUGUGGCCUCUAGCCAACCAAAAGAGAUUGAGGAGGUGCGGGUCCCUGUGUUUAACCCAAAGCUACCUGGUAAGGUCUCUGUGGAACUGUACCCUAUGGUCUACCCACACAGAAUUUUAGCCUAUCUUUUCAACGAAGUGGAGCUGGAGAUGCCUAGUUGUGACGUCCAGACAUUCUGGAACCAUUCGCGCACCUUGGGUGAACCGUGGGCAUGUGCUCACCCUGCCACAGAGUGGCAUGUGCCAGUAGGGUUGCAUGGGGACGGAGCAAAGCUUUGGACUCAAUACCGUGUAGAAAAAUAUGUUGCUGUGUGGCUAAAUCUGCCACUGUUUAGACCGAGAUCGAUCCGUCACAGCCGAUUCUUGCUUUUUUCGAUGCCAAAACACAAAAUGGUGAAGAACCGGUCCCUCAAUGUGUUCUGGCGCAAAGUAUGUUGGUCUUUAAACGCAGCCUUCACUGGACAGAACCCUUCUGUCGGGCCAGGCGGCCUACCUUUAGCCGGAGAACAUCUUGAAAGGGCAGGACAUCCAAUUUGCAAGUCCGAACGGAAGUUUGCUUUGACAGAGCUGCGUGGUGAUUGGGAGUGGCAUCGGGACAUUUGGAGGUUCUGUGCCAGUUGGCAAAGCCAAGUGAUAUGUUUCCGAUGCCCUGCCCUAACUCGGGGCAAUUGGCCAUACGUAUAUUACAACAACUCCUCGACGUGCCGCUGGGACCAAGAAGAGUUCAGUUUGAACCAAUUUGUGGCCCGCCGCCUGAAAGAGAGGCAACUUUGCCCUUUACUGAACAUUCAGGGAUUCCAUCCCGGGCUCCUACGUUUCUGUUCCAUGCAUGCUCUGAACUUGGGCCUACUCUUUGUUUGCAACGCUGGUGGUCUGCUUCUUCUUUGUGAAGAUCUUCAAUACUUCGGCCCUGGUAGCUUAUCAGGCCAAAUGGAUGUUGCCUACAAGGAUUUUCUGGCGUUUUGCUCUGCCAGAAAAAUUUAUCAUUCGCAACCGCCCUUUGUUCCAAAGAUGGUGAAGAAGAAAAACGGCGACGAACUUUUCACUGCCAAGGCCUACAAUGGAAGGGUGAUUCUGAGCUGGCUGAGUCAUACUCUAUUACUGGCAUUGCAGCACCACCCAAAUCAUGAGAUUCUUCUUCUUACCAGUUCUGCAAUGAGCGAUAUGGUGAAAUGGUUCAGGAUCAGCGAAAGCCAUGGCCGCUAUUUGACGCAAGCAGUUGCCCAAGAGCUUCACGACACUGGAAUGCGAUUUCUGGACACCUACACUGUCCUUUGUGUGGAACACAUCAGGAUGGGAAAAGUCCGAUGGCAAAUGCGUCCAAAACACCAUGUUUUUGCACAUUUGUGCAAAGAUGCAUUACGGUGGAGAACCAACUGCCGAAUGUACCACACAUUUGUAGAUGAAGAUGCUAUGAGGUGGCUCAAAGGUGUUGCAGCUAAAGCUCAUCCUCGGUGUCGCCAUCUAUGGCUUCUAAAAUGUGCAAAAUUGAGGCUUCUCACUAUGAAGUACCGCGUAGAUCGGAAAAGGACCCGGGGAAAACGAGGUUGA